AUGCCCUCCGCCAUUCUCAAGGAACCCAAGGCCGAUGGGCCACGUCGCGUGCCAUUGACAACGGAAGAUGUCAAGAAGGGAUCCUACUCGGCCCCGGCCCUGCAAAUGGCCCUUGAAGGACUCCAUCAAGAUGGCAUGGUCGUUCUCAAGGGCGUCGUGGACCCGGAACACUGCGAUAUCCUGCACAAGCAUAUGAGCGGUGACAGGGACCGGAUUUUGAGAGAAAGGCAUGCCGGGGCGAAAGUGUACAAUCAGGGAGUGAAAUCAAAUAUAUUACAGGCCCCUCCGUUCACAAAGCCAGAGUUGUUGUUUGAAGACGUCCACUUCAACCCAUUUGUGGUCCAGGUGAUGAACGCCUAUCUCGGGGCCAACCCUAAAUGGAUCAUGUCCACCGGCAACAACGCCCUCGCCGGCACCGGGGGCCUUCGCCAGCCCGUCCACAAGGACACCCGCUUCCGCCACCCGAAAUGCCCGUUCGUCAUCGUGUCCAACACGGCUCUCAACGACUUCACGCUCGAAAACGGCGCGACCGAGUUCUGGCUCGGCUCGCACGCCUUCACGGACGAGCGCGACCAGACAAUCGCCACCCCGGAGACGGUCUUUGGGAAACAAAAGGUGGGCACGCCGUCGUGUCCGGUGCUCGAAGAGGCCGUCGAGGCACGGAGAGCCGUGAGACCACCUGUGCGCGCGACCAUGAAGAAAGGGGAUGUCAUGUUGAGAGAUUUCCGGACGUGGCAUGCCGGGAUGCCGAACGCGACUGAACAGGAUAGGAUCAUGGUGGCUCAGAUCUGGAUGGCACCGUGGUACCCCAACUUCGUCACUCGCCUCAACCUCCCUCUCUCACAGGCCGAGUGGUUUCAGAGCCGAGCCAACAAAAUGCCCAUGGAGAUCAUGGCCAACUAUAUCGCCGACGACGCCGUCGAGUUCGACCAGCACCGCGACAACUUUUCCAUGGAGCCGAGUCAUUACGUCGACUACUACGAUACCGCACCGCAGAAUUAUAGAUAUGAUUGA